GCAGACGCAUCUAGUUAAAAGUCCCUUUUCCAACUAGUAAUCUAGAUGGCAACUAGUCGUGUAUCGCCCGAUUACAGACGAAAUGUAUCUAGAUUUUUCCCAUAGGUGAUAUUUGCUUGGGAUAUUGGGUAUACAAUAAUUGGGACCCAAUAUUAUUAAAUAGCCAAUAAUAUUGUAUAAUAUCUUUGAUAAUGAUUGGUAUUGGUGCAUGCCUAUUUGUAGUACGAUUGUAAAAAAUAAAGGAAACAUGGAAUUCAAAAACUUUGGGAACGUUUCUUGUAGUGAACUCCAUAAGCUAUCGAUUGAUUAAAAAAUAUUUUGUUUUGUUGCUCUGUCUCCGAAAACAAAGAGUUAAGAAAUCGAUAAGUUUGAUAAAAACCACAGGAGUUGAAUUUUUUUAACAAUUAUUUUUCUGCCAACAGGCAAGGUACAUCUUGCGGACGUAUUGUGUGUUAUAAGGGUAUAUAUAUCGACGGUAGCGUCUGGGGAAACUAAUACUCUAUUUGUCUGCUUAUUUUAUCAGUGUUUCUUCUACAACCGCUGUAAAGGAUUAACAAGAAGUUUAACUCAAUGUAUUCAUUUUUUUUCUCAUAAUUUUAGUGGAUUUAUUAAUACCAUUUCGUUUUGGUUGUACAAGAUUAAUACUUGUCGGUGAUCCGCAACAAUUAUCACCCUGUGUAUUAUCUGAUGCUGGAAAAAUGUCAAAUCUUUCACAAUCAUUACAUUUUCGACUGGACAAAAUUUUUAAUUCAAUAUCCUGUGAAUCAAAGCCGUCAAUAAUGUUACGAGUUCAAUAUCGAAUGCUGCCCGAAAUAGCAUUAUUCCCUAAUGAAUAUUUUUAUAACGGGAAACUGACAAAUGGCGGCACACAUCAACAUUAUCCAUUAAAACCAUUAUUUUAUUUUAAUAUUGAAACAUUAUCACAUAAAUAUGAUGUUUAUAAAUCAGUUUAUAAUACAACUGAAGCAAAAAUUUUAUCACAAUUUUGUCGAUUGAUAAUUCUACAUUUAAGUGGAAAUAAUUAUGAAACAUGGAAAGCAAUUAGAUCCGAUGAUGAAACAAUUAUUAAAACUCAACAACGUAUUGGAAUAAUUACACCAUACAAUGGACAAGUACGGAAAAUACAAAACCAAUUGAAAAAUUUAAACAUUUACUAUACGGAAAUGGGUUCAGUCGAUAGUUUUCAAGGAAAAGAAAAAGAUAUUAUACUAAUAUCCACAGUACGGUGUAAAAAUGCAGGAUUUUUAAAUAUAGAAAAUCGUCUUAACGUUAUGCUUACACGUGCAAAAUAUGGACAAUACAUAUUUGGAAAUUUGACACAUUUGAAACAAUAUAAUGGUUGGAAAGAAUUAAUUGAUAGUGGUACACAGCAGACACUCAAUAUAGAUAAUACAAUGUCAUUUGAUAUAGUAAAAAUGUUUAGAAGUCUUUUCAUAAGCUAA